GUAACGAGGCUUUGCUAUAACAUGCAAACCAUUGCAAGCACCACACAGCUGCAAAUGACAAGUCGUUAUCAGUGACAAACUAAUAGGCCUGAAACAGUUGCGAACUGACUACAAACGCACAUCUGUAGGUAUAAUGUGUGGGAGAGCAAAGUGGAGGGCUUGCAGCCCAGCCUUUGCGCUGGUGCUGCUGCUUUUAGCAGUCAGGACGGAGCUGGCGCGAUGCCACGGACAGUACAGCUCGCUGGGCGACCUGCUGCACUGGUAUAAGCACGCGUCAACGACACAUUCGAACCUGAUGAGCUUCACGGAGAUGAAGGAGCCCGGGCAUGAGCACGUGAUGAUGCCAGUGAUCACCAUCACCAACCCCAGCAGCGGCUUGCCGCCGGCUGAGAAGUCGCUGGCUGUGCUGGUGUUCGGGGAGCACGCGCGUGAGCUAAUCACGUGCGAAGUAGGGCUGUGGAUGUCGCGGGUGCUCGUUGGCGACACAGCGGAGAUCUUUAGCUGGGCCGAGUGGGCGACGGCCUUUGAGCCGCUGGGCAUCGCCAAGGCAGAUGUGGAGAAAACGGUGAAGGACUGGGUAAAGAAUAUAACAGACAACCUCGUCUUGAAGGUGAUUCCGGUGGAGAACGUGGAUGGGCGGCAGGCGUGGGAGGCGGGCAACCUGUGCCUGCGCAAGACGGCGCACGGCGUGGACCUGAACCGCAACUACCCCUUCGGCUUCGCCAGCGAGCCCGCGCACUCGGAGAUGUACGGGGGCCCGUUUGCGUUCAGCGAGCCGCAGAGCCGCAUGAUCACACGCCUGGCCACCAACGGGCCCGCGCGCGACCGCGGCGUGGCGAAGGCCUACGUAAACGUGCACAGCGGCGAGUGGGCGGUGUACUCGGGCUGGGACAGCAAGGCUGCCAUCGGGCCCGGUCUGCCGGGCGACAUGGGCGAGGUGCUGCUCAAGAGCGGCGACGUGUGCCGCUGCCAGGCCGGCCCCGCCGGCGCCGUGUCCAACUAUCUGGCGUACGGCACCGGCAUGGACUUCAUGUACACGCAGCUGGGGGUGCCGUACGCGCUCACGUACGAGGUGUACGGCAGCGAUAACGCGGGACUGCUGGGAGGCCGCAAGAACCAGCCGCUUGAGUCGUUUCCCUUUGCCAACGACGACCGCAUCGCCAAGGCCGUGCCCCGCCCCGACGACAUUUUCCCCAAGGGUCUGGGCCACCACCACCACCAGCACCAGAAGCAGCACCAGAAGCAGCACCGUGUCGCCGCGCACGCCACACGCGCGCGCCGGCGCAGCGCCUGGGAGCAGCAGCAGGGCGCCGGCAGCGCUGGCGGCGCCGGGCUAGAUGCUGCUGAUGCUACUGCUGCGACCGGCGGCAGCGGCACAGACAGCCCCGGCUGGCGCCAUCGCGCUGCGGCGCUGCGCCGCGUGUUCGCCAAGCGCGGCGCGGAGGGCGAGGGCGUGGCCAUCGCGGAGCGCUUCCGCGCUACUGCCUUCAGCGGCGCCGAUGGCGCCGAGGUCUCCGGCGGCUCGCGGCGGCUGCGCACGUACGCGACCCCGCGCUACAGCGCCGAGGAGCUCGCUGGCGAGGACACGGACGUGGAUGAAGAUGCGGAGGACGUGGAUGUGGAGGACGUGGAUGUGGAUGUGGAGGACGCGGACGUCGAGGCGGCGGCGCAGGUGUUCCUGGGCAGCGACCGCCACGCGGGCGGCCGCGAGCGCGCGGCGCUGGAGGUGGAGGAGCUCGGCGCCGAUGCCGAGGAGGCGGAGGUGGAGGCGGAGGUGGAGGCGGAAGGCGGCGCGGGCGCUGCUCGCACGCUCCAGGCGGAGGCUGUGGCGACGCGGGAGGACGCCAUCCUGACCAUGGUCCGCAGCCGGCCUGCCGUGCUGCAGCGCUGCUUUGACAUCUUCAACCCGCAGCCCGGCCCCACCUACCGUGACGUGGUGGCACGCUGGGUGGUCAUCCUGCUGUACACGCUGGACCACGUGGCCGACCCCGCCAACCCCAAGCCCUCGGCGCACCCGCUCCCGGGCACCGUGCUGGCGGGCGCGGGCGCAGCGCAAGCGGGCCACCGGUUGCAGCACCACCGGCGGCUCAUGGGCAUGGAGGAGGAGGCGGAGGGCGCAGGUGCGGAGGCGGGGGCGAAGCCGGGCGUGGAGGCGGGCCGGGGUCAGGGCCACGCGCACGCGCGUGCGCACGUGCAUGCGGCGCAUGCCCACCUGCACAAGCGCCACUCUGGCGAGCAGCCUCCCCAGCACGUCGCUGACGCCGCGGCCGCCCGCUCUACACAGGACGCCGCUGAGGACAACGGCGCCGGUGCCGCGGCCACUGCUGCUGCCUCUGCCGCCGCUCCGGCGGCGGGCUCCGAGCCCGGGGCGUCCUCUGGCGAGGAGGGCGAGGGCCGCCUGGGUGAGUUCGAGUCCCGUCUGCGCCGCCGCGAGCACGAGGUGGACCCCGUGAUGCGGCAGCACAGCCUGGUGGUGUUCCUGGCGCUAUGCUGCCUGGGCGCGGUGUUCGUGCCCUGGCUGCUGGCGCUGAGGAAGCUGCCCAGCGGGGGCGCAGGUAGCCUGGCGGCGGGCGGGCCAGGCGCGGGCGGGCACCUGCCGUUUGCGGUGGCCACGGGGAGCAAGUCGGUGGGCGGCCGCCGGCAGCGCACGUAUGGCUAGGCGCGGCGGCUGGGAUGUUGUGCAAGAGUUAGACCCUCAGUGCGCUGACAACACUGCGAACUGCAGUGACGGAGGCGUGGGUGCAUCGGAUGACCUCGGUAAGAGGGAGGUCUUUAGCCGUUUGCGAGAUGAGUAAGCAGGGCUGGCAUAGGACCAGCAGUAGACUAGCGUCCAUCGGGGGCAUUACGCCAGCAGGAGAUGAGCACAAGUCUGUGGCAAUGCACUGUGGAGAAGUAGGCACGGGGUCACUGCCCCACUUAGCAUGUAGUAGUAACUUACCAGGUGGCAGGAUUGCAGCACGGCUGUAAAAGUGGAUGUCGUAGCUGCGGGUGUGCGAUGGGACAAGGUUAAGGCAGGUUGGUGAAUUCCCAUAGGGUGCAGCGGAUUCUCAGACCCCAGCACAUGGCAAACAAUUUGGGACGGCAGUGCAUGAGCGCGCGGCGGUGGUUGGACGCCGGAGUGGAUCUCGUGGCUGCGGGUAAGUGUGUGUCAUUCAUUCAGUCAACAACGUCAUCGGCCGUGGGCGAUACGCACCUCACAUGCAUCCCAGUUGUCAAGCGGUCUAAGGAUAGGAUACGCACUUCACAAUACCAUCCCCGCUGCUUGUGAGGGCCAAGGGUUCCUGUGAGGGCCCCACUCAACAGGGCAAGCCAGCAAGGACUCACGGGAUGU